CGCAAGUUCUAAGAAGAGCAGUUUUCAAGCCAUCAAAGAACGUUUGUUUGGAAGGAAGAAGAAGAAGAACAAGGUCAUCCAGCUUCUGCCGCCGCCGGAGCCGCUCCCUCGUGUUGAAAUCAAGAUUCUAUGUACUACUUGUCGAGAUAGCUUUGAAGAAAAAUCCAGCGCCCUUCACAAGCUCAAGUGUGGCCACAUCCACUGCGUUGAGUGCGUCAAAACCAUGAUCAAGCAAGCCGUCGAGGAUGAAUCCCUCAUGCCGCCAAGCUGCUGCUCCUCUCCACUUACGCCUUCACUGAUCAGGGGAAUUCUGAACCAAGACGACCAAGAUACUUUUUUGCUGGCAGUUGUCAAACUCAAUACCCCGGCCGACGAGCAAUUGUUUUGUCCAGACCCAGAUUGUGGCCACUUUAUUCCGCCCCAAGAUGGGUACGAUGCCAGGCACCCAUUCGAUCUCGCCUGCGUCAAAUGCAAUGGCCGUAUGUGCGGCAUAUGCAAGGAUAUUGGCCAUGGCCUGGGCGAGCAUUGCCCUCUGGACUGGGAGCUGAAUUUGUUGAAGAAGAAGCAGCAGCAGCAAAAUGACAAGGAGAUUUGGAGGCGAUGCUACGAGUGUAGGAAUCUGGUAGGCGCGAGCGAGACAUGCCAAAUCAUGACUUGUCUAUGCAAGGCCCAAUUCUGCUCUGCAUGUACGGGCAUUUGGGAUCCCAUAACUGGCUGCCCCAACCUUUGCAGCUUUGAAGAUGAAAUGCAACGACGGCGAAUCGCAGCGACUCUGUCUUCUAUUAACGAGCUGAAGCUACGCUCUAACCCGUCUGUUCAACAGCUGGGACAGGAUCAGCAGAAAGAGCUGCAUCGAUUCAUGACGUACAAGUUUAAGACCAAGGAUGCUUUGCAGACACGACACCUGACGCAAGAGGCUACCUUGGAGGAAAAGUACGAGUUGCAAGAGGAAGCAAUCCAAGAGAGAAAUACCAAGGCGUCGAAUCAGAUGGAAAUCCGUCACCUUAAGGCCGAGAUGGAGCUGCAAGACCGUCUGGAUAAAUACGAAGACACCAUUGGCUUUCGAAUCAAGCACAUGGAAGGUUACUGCAACGGCCUUGGAAGAAAUCCGAGCUCGCGGGCAGCAGUAGCCAGGACUGUUACCGAGAAAGACCUCCGAGAGCUCGGCCACCACUAUCAUAUACGAGACACCAUGGAGCAAAUAUGGGGAGGCAAGAUCAAUGUCAUGAGAGAGCGGCAAACCAGGCAGCAGGAAGCCUGCCGCAUCAAACAAGAAAACGAGCUCGAGGCUUUCAUGGAUAAGAGACAGGAAGUGCUUGACAAGAUGGAAGCCGAGUUUCUUCGGGAGGAGACUCACUUUGACCAAGUCUUUGCAGCUCGCCAGCGCCACAUACAGGCCCGAUGGGUCCUCGCCAUUGAGGUGCUGUGCAGGGAGCUUGAAGAGCAGAACCCUAAGCAGGCUUGCCGCCGUGUUUCCAUUCCAAAGUGGCCCGAAGAUAGAGCCUUCAGAAUCCGCAGCAGCGAAAAGGAGCAAUAAUUAUGCCAUGGUGAACUUGUCCCUCUUCCAGCCUUGGAGUCACUGGCGGGAUCAUCAGAGACUUGGUCGUCGGAUGACGAUGACUUUGAUAUUGGCAGGCAUAUACCUAAUACCCCUUGACGACUAUCACUUGUUAUAUUCUCUUUUGUUCAUUCUCUUCUCUGGCCGAGAUUUGUUGUCUCCUGUGGCCACGUUCGACUUUUCUCUUCUCUCGCCCGCUGAGCGCCUUCAUUUAAUAAUGGCUUUUCCUCUUUUCGUUUGUACGGUUCGAUUGCCGACACGAUCUCUAUUUUCCUCUAUUCCUAUUCUUACCAACGCGGGUACUUUGCUUUGCCACAUUAGCCAUGUUUAAUCCUGUCUAUUUCCCUUUCUACUACAUCUCAUGACGCUCGCUUUAAUCACAAUACGGUAUAAUUGAGAAAGGCUUCUUGCCAUCUCGUCCUUCUUUACCCUUUUCAUAAUUAUUAAUAUUGUGCGGUUUCCCUUCUAUGAUAGCACUACCAGCAUUUUCUUUUUGGGCAUUUCGGUUCCUUGAAGCGUUGACAGAGCCCGCCUCCUCGACUUACACGAAAAAGAAAAAAAGGAAACAAAAAAAAAAAAGCCAAGCAAGCGACCAAGAUUGCAUUUUAUUACUUCUACUAGUCGCCCCUCACACUAUUAUGUGUUGAGUUCUGUCUCUUCUAAUGUUUGUGUGUUUACCGAUGCGAGCUCAAGAGCCUCGCUGCACUCUCAAUGGAUGAGUGUU